CAGUACAAGUGUUAGGCAGUAUAUAUAGAUACAAACAUGUAAUUGCUGAGAUUAUGAAUGAAAUGAAUUAGUCUAUUUUCUCUCCAAAAGUUUUUCUCCAAACCCUUCUUCUUCUCUAUCCCUUAUCUCUAUCCCAACUCUUUUUCCUAACCCUCACCUCUCAAUGCUCAUCUCUGUCUAUCUCUCUACCUCUAUUUCUCUUCUCUCUAUCUCAACCCCAAAUUUUAUUUCUAUUUCCUUACCUCUCUAGCCUCGGUUACCGAUUACGUUACCUCGGAUUCGCGACCGGAAGCACUGAGAACCUGAUCCGAGCCCUAAGGGAUAUUACAUUAACCAAAAGUAAUAAAACGAAAGACCCUUUUCACUCACCUCUUUAGUAAAUUUGCAUCAUCAGCAUCGCCCUCACAAUUCUCCCCGAGGUCACCAAAUCCGCCAUUAAUGGCCUCCGAAGCAUCCGACGAGGUCGCCCUCGACUCCGCCCCCUUCUUCCGCCUCUACAAGAGCGGCCGCGUCGAGCGCCUCCUCGGCACCUCCGUCGUCCCCCCCGGCCUCGACCCCGCCACCUCCGUCCUCUCCAAGGACGUCCCCCUCCACCCCGACUCCCCCAUCCCCUCCGCCCGCCUCUACCUCCCCCGAAACCUAGACGACGACGCGGCGGUAUCCGAGACGAAGCCGAAGCUCCUCCCCGUCCUCGUCUACAUCCACGGCGGCGGCUUCGUCGUCGAGAGCGCCGCGUCCCCGACCUACCACGCCUACCUCAACGCCCUCGCCUCGAGGGCUCAAAUCCUCGUCGUCUCCGUCGAGUACCGCCGCGCCCCGGAGCACCCGCUCCCCGCGGCCUACGACGACGCGUGGGCCGCGCUGCGCUGGGCCGCGGCGCGCGCCGACCCGUGGCUCGCCGAGCGCGGCGACCUCUCGCGCGUCUUCCUCGGCGGGGACAGCGCCGGGGCGAACAUCGCCCACAACGUCGCCACGAGGGUCGCCGCCGAGGGUUUAGGGGUCAGGAUCGAGGGCUUGAUCCUGAUCCACCCGUGGUUCUGGGGGGAGGAGGAGGAGGAGGAGGAGAUCGGGGCGGAGGAGGCGGAGAGGAGGAGGAGGACGACGAAGGGGUUUUGGGAUUUGGUGAGCCCUGGGACGGAGGUGGCGAAGGAUCCGAGGUUGAAUCCCAUGGCGAAGGGGGAGGAGGAGAGGUUGAGGACGCUCCCGUGCGAGAGGUUGAUGGUGGCGGUGGCGGAGAAGGACGUGUUGAGGGAGAGAGGGAGGGAGUAUUGCGAGGGCCUGAAGCGGAGCGGGUUUGAGAGGAGAGUGGAGCUGUUGGAGUCGGAGGGGGAGGAGCAUGUUUUCCACCUCCGAAACCCGAAAUGCGACAAGGCCAACGAGAUGAUGGAUCGCGUGGUCGCCUUCUUAAAUUCUCAUCAUUAUAAUGACACGCUUGGUUUGUGUUCUUAA